CGAGGAGAACGGGCUGCUCUGUUGCCGGAAGUGAUGUACGGGGAAUGGCUGGGUUGGCCCUUCUCGCUUCCCGUCGGGGUUCGCGGAACCUUCCCUGGGCUGCUGCGGCCGGUGGGCUGAGGGGAUACGGAGGCGCCAUGCCUAAGAAGGUCGGUCGGAGAGCGCGGAGGCUCCGAGCUUCCAGACUAGCCGCCCUGAGGGUCCGAAGGUUGAAAUGUAAAAGACGUCGUGUCCCUCCAGGAAAAACACAGAGUAAGGAUAUAGCAAAGUCUUCGGUUCCUUCAGGCCCUGUGGCAACAGAUAAAAGUGGCUCCAUUACCAUCUCUGUCCAUGCCAAACCUGGCUCCAAACAAAAUGCUGUAACAGAUGUGACGACAGAUGCAGUGGGUGUGGCCAUUGCUGCUCCUCCAUCUGAAGGGGAGGCCAAUGCAGAGCUAUGUCGCUACCUCUCUAAGGUCCUCGAGGUUAAGAAGAGCGAGGUUGUGUUGGAGAAGGGAGGCAAAUCUCGAGAAAAAGUAGUGAAGAUUUUGGCACCAGUGACUCCCGAUGAAGUUUUAGAGAAGCUGAGAAAAGAAGCUGCCAGCUAAGACAUUUCCAAAGCAAUAAAUGAGCAAAGUCGUCUCAGCAGGUCGUUUUGCUGAAGGUGAAGGACAAAGAAGGUUAUACACAGGAGAGCACAUUUUAAAAGGUGGCAGAGAAGCUCAACGUGCAUCUGUAGACAACCGCAAAGAUGAAUUUAAGAGCGAUCACAAGGUGUGGAUACACUAAUGUCAUAACACAAGGUACAAAACCUAAUGUUAUUUGAGAGAGCCUCAGGACUCCAAGACUUCAUUAAUUGGAAAAGAUGAAAAUUGUGGUAUAAUCGAUAUUAUUUUAUUGCCAGAAUUUAUAUACUGCUUAAUUGACGUAAACCUCCUAAGUGGUUUACAUUGGACAAUAGCAACUAUUCAUUAAAAUCACCAAUAAAAACAAAUGUUAAAAACCAGCUGACAUAACAUUGAUGAGAAUAUAAAUAAAACCAACAGUUUUUUAAGCAGAUACACAUAAAAAAAUGAUAUUCAAAUUACACGUCUGGGUAGGUAGACUCACCUAAAGUGUGUAGCAGGUGCUGAAAUCAACACAGCGAAGGCACCUGUCUAACAUCAAUGGGCAGGGAGUUCCGAAGAGUAGGUGCUACCAAACUCAAGGAUCAGUGACUUGGAAAUGCAGAACAAGCAUAAUGUGGCACUUGUAAAAGUGGCAGUUCUGCAAACUGAUGUGGGCAAAUGAGCACAUUGGGCAGUACUCUCUUUUUUAUAUAUGUGGGGGGGGGGUGUGCCGGUACUCACCAUUAAGUUAUUGAAGUAAGUGCCGGUACCGUGUACCCUUAAGUACCCUAGGGGGAGCACUGCAUGUAGGGCAAGGUGAUCCUUUUUGAUGGGUCACUGCUGGAAGUUCUCCAAAUAGCAUUUUAUAUAGUAGCCUGGAAGCAGAUUACUGUUUUUGGAAGUGUUAAAAUGUUGAACUUAGUUGCCUGUGUGUGCACUCAACCCAAGAACGUCUCUAGAAAAUAGGUUUUGCAGGUUGCCGUGGUUUAAUAAUUUGUAAAAACCUGUUUAGCCAAAGACUACCACCCUGCAAAUAUAUGGGAAAAGAUUAAGAAAUGGGUCCCCAAAUGCAUGCAUGAUUCAAAGAAGGUCCUGGGUCUUGUUGCAACCCACCUUGGAUCAGGCUGCAGCAUGUUAGUGGGUGCCAACCCACCAGCUGAAGACCAGUGGUGUAGACAAUACUGAACUGAAUGGACCGGUUUCAUGUGUUACUCGAUGUUGGGCUGAGAGAAAGAGAGGAACUGGCCCAAGGUCACCCAGUGAACUUCAUGGCUGAAUUUGGGAUUUGAACCCUGCUUUCGCAGGUCCUAGUCUAACACAUCCAAAACAUCUGGAGCAUUCCAGCUAGGGUGGGGAUCAUUCACAUGGUCUCUCGUCGGAGCCUUGUCAAUGGUGCUGAGCCUUUGCUUCCUGGUUCUAAGAUGUUUAGGCAAGUGCGGGGUUUCUUUGAAUUUUUUUCCUCCAGAAGCCGAGCAGAAGAAUAAAGUUAAACUGGUUGUGUUAUGUUUCAAGCACUUGGUGUAAUAGGGGGCAUUUAAAUAAAAAAAAUUAGCCAAU